CAUGAUGCUGGGACAAGAGCAGGAUCCUGGAGGAGAGAGCCAGCCCUUUGUAACAUCGGUGUUCUUCUCCAGGAGCACAACUACUCAGCAGGAAGUGAAGGUAGAAAAUCCAGAAGACUUGGGCGAACUCUGGGAGACUCAGUGGCAGGAGUUCCUGAAUACAGUGGAAGUCCCCCAGAUCCUUCCGGAGCCUUCCCCGUGGGAGGACGCUCACAUCUUCCUAGCCUCCUUCGAGCAAGUCGCCAGAGCUUUCCAGUGGCCCAAGGAAGAAUGGGCAGCCCGUCUCCGGCCCAUCUUGGGAGGAGAUGCCGAGCAAGCCUAUAGCAGCCUGGAGGCGGGAGAGAGAGAGGAUUAUGGGAAAAUGAAGGCGGCCAUCUUGCAGGCCGAUGCGGUGAGCCGGGAGAAGCAACGGCAGCACUUCCGACGUUUCUGCUACCAAGAGGCUGAAGGGCCGAGGCAGGUAUACGACCAGCUGCAGAGUCUUUGCCGUCAGUGGCUGAAAGUAGAGAGACAUUCAAAGGAACAGAUUCUGGAAAUGCUGAUUCUGGAGCAGUUUCUGGCAAUCCUUCCUCCGGAGAUGCAGAGCUGGGUCAAGAGACAUAAUGCAGAGAACAGCGCUCAAGUCAUAUCCCUGGCCGAGGAUUUCUUGCUCAGGCAGUGGGUGCCGGGGAUAACAGAACAAGAGG